AUGAGUGACACCACAUCACUUGAUGUGAAAGAGAACCCAGAUACUGAGGCACAGAAGAACCGAGUACUAACCCUAGAAGAAUGGCAAGACAAGUGGGUGACCCGUCACAUCGCAUUUCAUCAGGAACAAGGGCAUAAGCUAUUAAAGAAGCAUUUGGAUACGUUUCUUAACGGCCAGAGUGGACUGAGGGUGUUUUUCCCUCUCUGUGGAAAAGCAGUUGAGAUGAAAUGGUUUGCAGACCGGGGCCACACUGUAGUUGGUGUAGAAAUCAGUGAAAUUGGGAUUCGGGAAUUUUUCUCGGAACAGAAUCUUUCGUACACUGAAGAACCACUUACCGAAAUUGCUGGUGCUAAAGUAUUUAAGAGUUCUUCGGGGAACAUUUCGUUGUACUGCUGCAGCGUUUUUGAUCUUCCCAGAGCAAAUAUCUGCAAGUUUGACAGGGUUUGGGACAGAGGAGCGUUGGUGGCCGUCAACCCAGGUGAUCGUGGCCGCUAUGCAGAAAUAAUACUGUCCAUACUGAGAGGAGGGUUUCACUACCUUGUGGCUACCCUUUCUUACGAUCCAACAAAGCAUGCAGGCCCCCCAUUUUAUGUCCCAGAUGCUGAACUUAAAACGUUAUUUGGUACAAAGUGCAGCAUCCGUUGCCUUGAAGAGGCUGAUGUUUUUGAAGAACGACAUAAAGCCUGGGGAAUUGACUCCAUAUUUGAAAAAUUAUAUCUCCUUACUGAGAAGUAAAAAACAGCCCACUGGUGGUACACACCUUUAAUCCCAGCAGGCUGGCCUGGUCUACAGAGCUCCAGGACAGCCAAGGCUACACAAAGAAACCCUAUCUUGAAAACAAACAAAACAAAAACAACCAAACAACAGCAAAACCAAUGCCCUCCCCCACAAAAACCCCCAAACAAAAACAAAAAAAAACAUAGUCAAUCCCUGUAUGAGUUUUUGAACAAUUAAACAUUAUGUUAAGGCUUGAAAACAUAAUCAUUUAAAUUUUUUCCUCAUGCAACAUACUGAUCUUUGCUCAUGACUUUUUGAAAAUGAAACCACAUACUAAAAUGUUACAAGUCAGUCCUUUAAAGAGUAUGUGACUGGUAGCAAAACACUAAAUACUCAUGUGUCUUUUUUUAUAGUCAGCAUGUAUUUCUUUCAUAACUGAAAAACAAAAAUAUGAUGCUUAUAACUUUAAGAAACAAAAA